UGGUUUGAUGUGCGCGUGCUCCAUGUUUCUCGCUCCUGACUCGGUCCCUUCCUCUUAAUCCGCGCCGUCUCCUAGCAACCGCUUAGUAAACAAGAUGGCGGCCGGUCCCUUGGCGUUCCGUUUCCAAGCAAUGCGCUCCUGAGCCGGAGAUCUCACUAGCGGCCGGUGUCCGGGGUACGAUGGCAGUGGCGAUACUCAGCCCGGGGUUCCGGGAGGAAUUCCCCCCUAUGGACUCACUGGAGAUGGUAGAUGAGAGUGCGGGGGAUUGGGAGCCUCCCAGCCAUGACAACGGAUCGGACUCUAGGGACUCCCUCAGUGACAGCGACAGCGAGCAGCAACACACCGACAUGGAGAAUGAAUUUGAUGGAGUUUUGCAGGAAGAAAUAGUCUCUGGUGGACUGUCCAGAUUGGGACGUUCAGCUCUUGGAACCGAGCUUGUUUAUCUGGACUUGACACUCUGUAAUCGUAAUUUAGCUGACAUCCACAUUCUCUGUAGAUAUACUCACCUGCAGAAGCUGGAUAUCUCCUGUAAUGGAAUUAGUGAUCUAUCUUGCAUCAGUUACAUGCCAUUCCUGACCGAACUCAAUGCCUCUAACAACAGGUUGAGCACCUUCUUUGACUUUGUGCCACCUAAAAAUCUGAAAGUUGUGGAUCUUUCAUUUAAUCAAAUUACAGAGAUGAAGGAUGUAUCUGUUCACAAAAUGCUGACAAAGCUGAUAAUAAAUAAUAAUAAUAUACAGCAAAUCAUUGGUUUGGAAAAGUGUAGCAGUCUUUCUCACCUGAACUUGGCUCACAAUGGAAUCUCCAAUAUGUGUGGGUUUGGUCAUUUACCCAUAAAAACCCUCAUUCUGAGUGCCAACCAAAUUAAGAACAUCACUGGUCUAGAAAAUCUGAAAACCUUACAAGUUUUGGACCUGUCAUUCAAUCAAAUCUCUACUCUGGAUGGUCUUGAGGGUUUGGAGUUUCUGCAGACCCUCAACUUGGAGGAUAAUGAAGUUUGUCAAAUUAGUGAAAUUGCCUAUUUGGAAGAGCUUCCUCUAUUGCAUGUGCUGAACCUGUUAAGAAACCCCAUUCAGGAACAAGCAGAAUACUGGCUCUCAGUGUUAUUUAUGCUGCAGAGGCUAACUGAACUCGAUCUGAAGAGGAUAAAAGUGGAAGAGAAGGUGGCAGCAGUGAAUAAGUAUGACCCUCCACCAGAAGUGAUUGCAGCCCGAGACCACAUGGCAAAUGUUAUGUACAGCAUGAUACAGCUUCAGAAAGUUCUUGACAGUACGUUGCCUAACCUGGACACACCAUACCCCAUGCUAGUGCUUACUGGGCCCCAGUCCUGUGGAAAGAGAGAAAUGGCACAUCGGAUGUGCAGGGAAUUCAAGGAGUUCUUCCGUUAUGGCCCAUGCCACACCACCAGGAAUCCAUACUUUGGUGAGGAGAAACGUUUUGAUUACCAUUUUGUCACACCAGAGAUGUUUGAAGAUAUGACUUGCUCAGGCCAGUUUAUUCUGACUAUGAAAUAUAGUGGUCACUAUUAUGGACUAAGCCGGGAAGCUGUUGAAUCUGUUGCAAGGGAAGGGCUUGCUUGCUGCACACACAUGGAAAUUGAGGGUGUAAGGAGCCUGAAGAAUUCAUAUUUUGAGCCUCGUUAUAUCUUGCUCCUCCCAAUGAACAAAGAGAAGUAUGAAGGGUGGCUGAGGAGAAAAGGCUUGUUCACCAGACCUGAGAUAGACAUUGCAGUGUCCAGAGUAGACAUGUACAUUAAAAUUCACCAAGACUGCCCAGGCUAUUUUGAUGCUGUGAUCAAUACAGAUGAUUUGGAGGAAGCAUAUACUAAAUUAAGACAACUAGUGAAGGAGUAUCUGGGUCUGACAGAGUCUGAUCAGUCAACUCACAUUGUAAAUGCAGCAAAAUCUGAAGCAGAUGUAAGAAAAUCAUUGACUGGACCUUCACCGAAUGAAAGAAGUAAACCUCCUCAGGCUGAAGUAAACAAUGAAUUUCUAGAUUCUGCUGCCAGGAACUACUCAGCCAGAGUCUCUGCAAAAUUAUCCCCACAGAAAACCUCAGUGGAAGAAGCUUCUGUACAGAGACGUCAGUUGGCAGCCAGGCAGGCAUUAGCGGGGAAGACACCAGGAACAUAUACUCAGCUGUUCCAAAGAGGUUCUCUAACAGCUCCAGCAACACUGGGUACACAUCGCCGCCUUCUAGAUCCAUCAUCAUGCACAUCUAUUCUUCAAAAUGGAAGUAAUGUUAGUACAGACAGCAGCCUCACUCCAGCCAGCCAUGAUUCCAGCUCCAGAGAUUCUCGGCCCAGCUCGGGGCUAUCGUUACUUUCUUCAGCUGGUGCCUUCUCUGAUCGGCAUUCUUCCUCUCAACCAACCCCUGUUAUUAAUAUUCACUCACCUCCAGAGGACAAAAUAGAACCACUGGAUCUGUCCAGCCUUGUGAAAGGAGCAGACACAACACCAGCAGAGGAGCAGAGUACAGGAAAUACUCCGGAUACACCAAGAAUGCAAUCUUCUACACGGUCUGAACUAGAAGCAUCAAAGUCCAAAUCUUCUUCGUCUUCCCGCCUAUCCACACGCACAAGCCGUCCAGGUUCAAAUACCAAACCCAUCUUGCCUCCUAUACCAUGUGGACGCAAAAAAUUGUCAACCUAAUAUAAGCUACACCUGAUUGUGGUCAUAUUGUUAGCACAUUUUAAUAUAGAUAGUAUGGUUAAAUUCCAGAUUCCACUAAUAAAUCCAUAUCCAAAAUCAUCCUGCUUCUCUUCCUGACAAAGGCUGGUUUUAUCACUAAAAGGAGCACUCUAAGCACCUUAACCUAUACAGCCCCACUGGAAUGCUUGUGGUACCAGGAGUGCCCUAGCACGAUCACACUGUUAAGAGUGAAACCAUUUUCAAAUGACUUGACACUUAACUGUCCUGGAUCCCAUGGACACCAGUACUCUGGCUCCUCUUCACAGAAAUCAUAAAAA